ACCGAGAUCUGGGAACGCGACGACGCACUCCAGAGUCCACCGAGGCUGGCUCCCGCCGCGUGUUCGUGUAAUCGUGUUGGUUCAUCUCGUGCCAUCCAUUCCCCUGCGUGAAUAAUCAAUCCCACCUCAUUAACACCUGCCCUCCCACGUGUCCUUCCACACCCGGAGGUACUUCCAGCAUAGAACACGAACCACCACCAGCUCUCUCUCUCUCAGUCACUUCUCUUGUCGUUCCCCUCCUCUUGGAUCGAACAGGCCGGCUGAGAGCAGAGGAUCGAGAUUUGCUAUUGGGUUAGGGGGACGAGGGACAUGGAGAAGGAGCAGAAGAUGGAGGGCGAGAGGGCGGCGGCGGCGGCCACGCAGCGGUGGGUGAUCGGGGUCGGGUUCUGGGUGCAGGGGUUCCGGCUGUUCCCGUGGCUCGGCGUCAAUUUCUUCCUCAAGGACGGCAUGGGCGUCGCCGCCUCCUCGCUGCAGAUCCUCCAGGCGUCCGCCAACCUGCCCAUGGUCGCCAAGCCGCUCCUCGGCCUCCUCUCCGACGCCGUCCCCAUCCGCGGCUACCGACGCCUGCCGUACGUCGCCAUCGGCGCUCUCUUGCAGGCAGUAUCAUGGGUAGGAAUUGCCCUCUGGCCAUCUCUUUCUCUUCCAGUUCUUACCAUUUUUCUCCUCUUGAGCAACUUUGGUGCAUCAAUAUGUGAGGUUGCCAAUGAUGCCAUUGUAGCAGAGGCCGGAAAGCAAGCGGCCUCUUCCUCAGGGGGACAACUUCAAUCUCUUGCUUUUAUGUUUGGCUCUUCCGCUGGUGCGUUAGGAAACCUUCUUGGUGGCAUUGCUCUCAGUUACUUUUCUCCCAAAGCCAUGUUUCUUUUUUUUGCAAUCCUUCUCGUGCUCCAGUUCUUCACUACUAUGGCUAUACCUGAGAGCUCCCUCAAACUCCCAAAGGCAGCUACUAAUACAUCAGUGGUCUCCAGCAUCCGCAAACAAAUCAAAGAGCUGUCGAAUGCUCUCUGUAUGCCUGAAAUAUUUUGGUCAAUCAUAUGGUUUUCAGUGUCAUAUGCUGUUAUACCAUUUCUACUUGGGACCAUGUUCUUCUAUCAAACUGAAGUGUUAAGACUUGAUUCGUCAAUUAUCGGUUUAUCCAAGGUUUUCGGGCAAGUGGCUCUCUUGGCUUGGAGCAUGGCAUACAACAAAUGCUUCAAAACAAUUCCUGCGCGUAAGGUCUUAUCGGCUCUGCAGUUCAUCACCGCGGUCAUAAUGUUGUCAGAUGUGUUAUUUGUUCAGGGAGUAUACAGGAAGGUCGGAAUACCAGAUUCCAUGUACACCAUUGUGUUCUCAGGGCUGCUAGAGGGUCUUAUGUUGUUCAAGGUGCUACCUUUCAGUGUUCUUAUAGCAAACCUUUGCCCUUCUGGGUGUGAGGGAUCGGUUAUGGCCUUUGUCAUGUCUGCGCUUGCCCUCUCAACUAUUAUCAGUGGAUAUCUUGGGGUUGCGCUUGCUGAAUUCAUGGGAGUAUCUGGGGAUGAUUUCUCAGCACUGCCGCUUUGCUUGUUGAUUGAGGCUGCGUGCACAAUGCUGCCGCUAUGUUGCUCAUCGUUGAUUAAAGAGAGGAAAGAAAAGGAGAAGAAGGAACAGUAGAAUAUGUCUGUAGGAUCCAAAGAUGUUGUAUUGGUGCCUAUGAAGUUUUCCCUCGAGCUUGUUGGUGCCAUUGCCUAGAUUUCAGUUUCACAAUAUGAUUAUGGCCGGUGGAAACAACCUAAGAGAGGAUUAGGUUCUUCAGUUUCCUGUGCUCCGAGGCUUCCCAGGAAUAUAUCUUAAAAGGGACAGGAGAUAUACAUGUGUGCUGUCAUUCUUCUGUAGAUCAAGCAUUAUUUUUUGUAACUAGUUUUUCUUUUAAAUUAUGAAACUAGUUUUUUUCCUGAAGUUGUGUAACUAGUUGAAAAAUCAUGCAUAUUGUUUGUUCUCUUUAUGAUAUAUAUAUAUGAUCUCUGGUCUGCUAGUAGUCA